CUGCCGGCCGGGGCUCCCGCCGCCUCCAUGGUGUCCCCCGAGGGGUUGGUGGCUGCGGCCGUGGUGCUCGCCAGCCUGGCCCUCCUGGCCUGGCACUUUUGGGCAGGGAGGCCGGAGGUGCCUGGAGACGGGGAUGAGGAGGAAGAGGAGGGGAUCCCUUUCGCCGCUGGGGCUGGCUCGGGGCGCUGCCGGCUGCUGUGCAAACCCUCGGCACUGGCCCAGCACCUCGUGGGGAGCUUGGGGCGGUCGGCAGCGCUGCAGGGGGGCCGCUGGCCGUGGCCAUGCUGGCCCCAGCUCCAGAUGCUGCGGCAGCUCCUGCAGCUGCCCGAGCCGGAGCCGGCGGUGGCCCGGGAGCUCCUGCAGCUGCCUGACAGCGGGCUGGUGGCCCUGGACUGGCUGGUGGGGCCACGGGGGGCCAGGGGCGGUGGGGGGAGCCCCAGCCCCGUGCUGCUGCUCAUCCCCAACGCUGCCGGGAAGGUGACGGGGGGGCUGCUGCAGCUGGGGCUGCGGGCGCUGGAGCGGGGCUUUGUCCCCGUCAUCUUCAACCGCCGGGGCCACAACGGCUGUCCCCUCACCACCCCCCGGCUCCAGCCCUUCGGGGACCCCGGGGACCUGCGGGAGGCAGUGACCUACCUGUGCUGCCGGUACCCUGCCGCCCCGCUGCUGGCUGUCAGCGAGGGCUCGGGCUCGGGGCUGCUGCUCGCCUACCUGGGGGAGAGUGGCUCCUCCAGCCGCCUGGCCGCCGCCGCCUGCCUCUCCCCCGUCUUCCGCGGCCGGGACUGGUUCGAGGCCGGGAUGCCCUGGCUCUACGAGUGGCCGCUGCUCCUGCACCUCAAGAGGGGACUCAGCAGGUACGCGGGGUCCCUGGCCGAGGCGGUGGACGUGGACAGGCUGCUGGGCAGCCGCUCGCUGCGGGAGCUGGAGGAAGCCCUCUUCUGCCGGACCAAGAGCCACCCCACCAGCUGGGAGGCCUACUGGGAGCGCAACGAGCCUCUGCGCGACGCCGACGAGGCGGCCGUGCCGGUGCUGUGCCUCUGCAGCGCCGACGACCCCGUCCGCGGCCCCCCGGCCCGCAGCCUGCCCCUGGAGCUCUUCCGCAGCAGCCCCUACUUCUUCCUGCUGCUGACCCCGCGCGGGGGGCACUGCGGCUUCCCCCGGUGGGGACCGGGGCGCUGCUGGGGCCACGAGGCCGUGCUGGAGUACUUCAGGGCCAUGGCCGAGUUCCUGCGGGCGGAGGAGCGGAGGAAGGGGCUGCCGCGGCCCCGCAGGUGGGGGGGUCCUGCCGUCGAGCCCCCCGUCUUCACCUGGCAGAGGUCCUACACCCGGUAGCCCCUGGGCAGGGUCCCGCACGCCGGGGGGGGCGUGGGGGGGAGGGCUCAGAAAGGCAGGCAGACACUCCGUGUACUAAAAUUACUUUAUUACAGUUGAUUUUUUUUUUUUUAACAUUUCCUUUGCUAUGAUACAAAGGAUACUUACAAACAAAAUAUUACAUAUGACCUUAUUUUUUUUUUCUCUUCUCUUAUUUUCUGACAACUUGGUAACAGCUUUAAAUGCACAAUCUAUACAAUUAAUACAGGUUAUAUAUGAGCUAUAAUGUAUGUUGAACCAGAAGAAUACCAGAAUACUGACAAUAUACUGUACAUUAAGCCUUACCAGUUAGUGCUCGUGGCAUUUUCUACAAGAAGGAAAACGCACACCUGUAGAUUCACUCAUACCAGCUGGUGCUACCAGACACAGAAGCAGGAAGGAGUUUAAUUCCCCUAGUUAAAUCCUUCAUGGCCCAUCACCGUGGUGCUGGGCCUGGAAAGCUCAGACCAGUGUUCGUAGUAAAACAGCAGAUAUGUGUGUGGGGUUUGUUUUUUCUAACUAACGCUCUGCGGCACAAAACCGCGCGGCCAGACGCCUUCCCCCGGCACCGCGGCAGCCAGGCUUUGCUAGACCUGGAUGAUGCCCCAGAGCAGACGGCCAGGGCGCUGGGGCCAGGUGCUGGGUGAGCUCUUGUUGGGGAGCUGGACCUCCGUACAGCGGAGGAGAGGAGGAGGAGGAAAGAAAGGAAAAGCAGCAACAGCUUUGCUGUCAUCAGUAGGCAGCUCUCAGGUUUGUGCAGGCGCCGAGGGGGGAAAAGCAAGCCCAAGGCACGGCGCUCCCCUGGCACGGCUCGGCCCAACCGUGGGGCUCAGCCCCCGGCCGCACGCGGGGCUCGUGCCCCGCAAAACCCCCGCGGGGUCGGGCAGCCGGCGGGGCUGGGAGCCGCCUUGCAGCUACCUGCUCGCCAGAAAAGGUUUGCUUUUGUUUUGCAGCCAAAGCUAGAGUUGUGUGGCUACAGGUGUGCACUUCCCCUCCUCCCGCCGUGCUCGACGUCGCACUGAUAAGGUUACAUUUUUGUUUUAUUUUUUUUUUAAUUUUUUUUUUUUUUAAAGCAACCAGCAAGUGAAGCGUUUUUAGUUGAGUGGCAAAAGAUCUGGCAUUUGCACAGAAGCUGCAAAUGGAAAAUAGCCAUCCCCUCCUCCCACCCGCUGCAUCCCAGCCCAGAAAAUCCCUAAUUGUUGGCGGAAGAAAAAAAAAAAAAAACCAAAAACACAACAUGGGUGGAGGAGAGGAAGGGGAGGGGGGAACAGGUUGGAAAAUACCAGGUUUGCGUUAACAUUUCCAUGACUUCACACAAUGCUUGUGCAAAAAGAAACAAAACAAAAACCCCCAAACAAAUAAAAACCAAAACCAGAAACAUGCUGGAAAUAAUGAAAACAAAUGGAAAGUAAUAUAUAAAAUUAAAAAUAUAAAUAGGAUGUCUGGCUGACUGGUAGAAGAAUAGGUCAUUUAGGUUACAAAAAGGAAUAUACAUUCAAGAGGCUCUGAACCCAGCGGGGUAACUGAUGUUAAACUUGUGUUAAUAGUUAGGCUAGAAUUCUCAAGUUUGUCUUUAAAAUCUUCACAAUACAAGCAAGCUAUUUUUAAAAAAUAUACACUAUACACACCUCACACAGCUUCUCCUAUCCGUAUUACACACGUUACGCUACCCUCCCAUCCACUAAACCACGGGGGUUCCCACGGCGAAGGUUCGCGGGGUGGGUCCCCCCGUCCCGAGGUGUCGGUGGGGCAGCGAUGGCUGCAGAGCCCCAGGCAGGUCGCUCGACCCUCCACGUCUUACCACAAACCUUCUCAAGCAUUUACAAGUCACCAAAGGGCUGUAGCCUUUUAUGUUAUACACACUUCACUUCGUAACGUUAAUUAUUUACAUCAGGGCUGCUUUCCCCCCCCCACCCCCCCCAAUCUUUUAGCUGUUUCUAGGCAGGUAAAAAACCGUUCCUGUUCCAAGCAAGCAGGGGAAGAGCUGCGGGGGGUUAGGAGGGAAGAAAAGCUGAAGAAAGGGAGGGGGUGGUUUGCUUGUCAGAAGCCAAACCCGUACUCGCACGUUUGCCUCUCCUUCUCUGAUCCUCGAAUCCUUACAGGCUCCCGUCCCCUCGGACCUCCGGGACAACCAGACCUGGCGAGCACGGCCUCACCGGCGCUCAAACUCCUCUGCUCGCAGCUUCCCGGGACGCUCAGCAAAGCUACUCUCGACUUGCAGACUUGCCUCUGCCGCAAGACAAGGAGCACAGGUCCUUACUUCAUCCUGAGGAAGCGCGGAGAGGGGAGCCCACCCCUCACGUAGCGGUGGGUCUUGCAGCGCAAGCCAGCCGGGGCAGGGACACCGAGACCCCCACAAGCCACCGCAUCGCACCCACAAACUCGCCCUCCGCGGCCGCCACCGGCUGCGGUCAGGCUCUGCCGGAGCUGUGCAAAAGCAGCGGCGACGUACUUCAGCUCGUUAACAACCCUGUGCUGAUUUCUAAACUCUGCUGAGCUCAGAGUUGCCAUAGAAAUGUGUGAUCCUGGCACUAAAAGCAGGCAACGAUCUUCAAUGAAAGUCUUUUUUUUUUUUGGUUUUUUUUUGUUUUUCCUCCAGUAGGUUUAGAUGAUCUUGGGUUUAAGACAAAAGCAAUCAGAAGGGGAAAACAUCAUUUCUAGAGAGGUUGAAAAAUAUAGCAAUAAGCCGGUGUUAAACUGCAGCAAAGAACCUGAACUCGGUUCCCGUCGAGUUUAGCCCCAGAGAAAGCCCGAAGCCACCGCUCCGUCCCUCGCACUGCCACCGCGCAGCACACGACAGCGAACGCGGACAACCCGGCUGAAGGCUGGAAGCCAAACUCCCCGGGCGAGCGGCUGCUGGCCCCCCCAGCCCUCCUGCCCCCUCGGCUGCUGCCCCUCCCCAGCUCACAACAUUUAAGCACAAUUCCUUACAGCAUCACUUUGACGACUCCCGGGGAUUAGAUGCAUGCUGAACUACGACUUGCAAUUACAGUAGCUUUUUGCUAGCUGGCACAUACCGUUAUCUAUAAAUUUUAGUACAAAAACUUAAAAAAUACAGAAACUAGGUCAAUUUGUUAACUACAUAUUUACAGAUAAUUACAAGUCUUUUCACUCACAAUAAUUAAACUAAUUGUCAGUGAAAAUUCAAACUGUGCAUGUUCUGAGGUACCCGUACUCAAGGGUGGGGAGCGGGGCAGGGGACCGGAGGGGCGAGGCGGCGGGGAAGAUCCCCCCGGGUUCGUUCACAUCCGUGGGGGCGACGCUCGCCCCCCCCGGUUACUGGUUCCCAGACUCAGUGUGUGCACUCAGAGAAAGCAAGAAGAGAGGGAACCGAUGUUGGGUUGGUAUUUUUUUUUUCCCUAGAACAUGGCUUUAGGAUGUUUUGAGGACGCCAGACGGGUGCAAAGCCAACAGUCACGUACCAAACUGCCUUCCCUUCCCCCACAGAGGAGCCGUCAGGUGAAGUGCAAGUAUCGAGACCCACAGCUCGGUGGUUAAGGUGCUUGUUUGCCAGCAAAUCCGAUUUACCAAGUCCCUCUCUAGCUGACAAAGGCCUUUCGUCCCCAGCAAAGCCCGGGCUGAGGGGCAGGGCCGGGAUGCAGCAGGCAGCGUCACGGCCCCGGCGAGCUGAAUCUCGCUGUGCAACAGGCACCAGGGUUAUCGGCUGCCACCGUUCCCGGUGGGGUGAUGUUUACUAUAACCACUAGAUCUAUCAGCUUUUUUU